UCUUCACAAAAACAACAACAACAGCUGCGCUUCGCUUACUCAACAUCUGAAGCAGUUAGGUAACUGUGUUCUGGUUUGAGAAGAAAAUAAAAUGAUAGUGUGAGUUUAGCUGUGUGUCCUGGUUCCAGGUGCUGUCCUCAGGGUAACCUGAGCUGAACUUUAUUAAUAAAUAAUGAAGCAGUCAGCUCAGAAGUCGGACACAGACAGCUUUUUCUGCUAGCCGUCCCCUGAAGAACACGUCCAGACUUCCAAAAACAGGCUACCGGAACCAGAAAACAGCGUUUUCAUAGACUGUCUGGCCUUCUAUUCAUUCAGGAUUUAGUUUCAGGACAGUUUUUGUUUUUUUUAUCUAGUCGUGUGAAGAACCUCACUGAUCAUGAAUCCUGAAUAUGAUUACCUCUUUAAGCUUCUUCUCAUUGGUGACUCUGGAGUUGGAAAGUCGUGUCUGUUGCUGCGCUUUGCGGACGACACGUACACCGAGAGCUACAUCUCCACCAUCGGAGUUGACUUCAAGAUCAGGACCAUCGACAUGGAUGGGAAGACGGUGAAGCUGCAGAUUUGGGACACCGCAGGUCAAGAGAGGUUCCGGACAAUCACCUCCAGCUACUACAGAGGAGCGCACGGUAUCAUCAUUGUCUACGAUGUCACCGAGCAGGAGUCCUUCAACAACGUGAAGCAGUGGCUGGACGAGAUAGAGCGCUACGCCUGUGAGAACGUCUCCAGGCUGCUGGUGGGAAACAAAUCGGACCUGGUCAGUAAGAAAGUGGUGGAUGCUGCCACAGCUCAGGAUCUGGCUUCGUCUCUGAAGAUCCCUUUCCUGGAGACCAGCGCCAGGAGCUCCGACAACGUGGAGAAGGCCUUCCUCACCAUGGCCUCUGAGAUCCACAAGCGGCUGGCCAGCGAGGGAGGGGGCAUGCAGGGUGAGUCGGCACAGGCCAGAGGUCAGACCACCAAGAUCAACAGCGCCCCCGUGUGGCUCGGUGGGGACAAACAGACACCGCAGGCCAGUAACUGCUGCUGAGGCACAACGAUGCACCUUUAACGCGUCCACAGGACUUACCUCCAGAUUGCAACUGUGUCCCCGAUGCACCUACUGUCUUGUUUACUGUUAAAAUCAACACCUAAAUGUCGGGACUUUGGAAUAUCUUUAGCUUGAUUAGAAAAUAUUUUUAAAGAAUAUUUAUUGUGACAUUAUGGCUUUAUAUGAAAAUGGGGGGAAAGUAAAUGAACAGGGGUGCUUUAUUUUUUAAUUACAAUAAAUGCUACAAGUUAAACCAAGGAUCUGUUAUGUAAAAUGACUACUAAUAAAAAAUAAUGUUUGAAAAAAAAUCAGAAAGGGAUUGAAGUUGUUUAAGCUUUUACUUAAAGGGGAUAACAUUAUGUUUCAAUGUGGUUAUACGUCAUCAUAUCUGUCAGAUGGUUUUGAUUUUAUUUGCUGUUCCAGUCUUUGUUGUGUUUUAAUUUGUUUAUUUCUGUCAAUAAAGAAAUCAAUCAAAAUCA